AUGGCGUCGAAUAACGUCUCUGAGCUGAGGAUCGUGCUACUGGGUACAAAUGUUCAUCACACCAACAAAUUAGCAAACAUCCUCCUGGGAAGAGAAGUGUUUCAUCCAUUUUUACUAGAUCAUCACUGUCAGAGAGUUAGUGGACUGGUGGAAGGAAGAACCAUCACCAUCAUCAAUGCAUCUCACCUAUAUAAUCCCAAACUCUCUCAGAAGGAACUGAUACAGAAAGUGAAAGAGUGCAUCACACUCUCAGAUCCUGGACCUCAUGUGUUCUUACUGGUGCUCCAGUCCCAAAACCUCAUGAAGGAGCACAAUGACAGAAUCAUAAGCACCCUGUACUCGUACAUCCCACAGUCUAUAAACCGGUUAUUAUUAGUAACUACAGCUGAAGAGCAUGGAUACUUCUACACAUGUAUCAGUGAAUGUGAGAUGAAACACUACAGAAUUGUGAAUCUAUCACUAUUUAAUGAACACCAAGUUCUGCAGCUUCUGAAGAAGAUAGAUGUGAUGGUAACUGAGAAUGGAGGAGGUCACAUGACCUGCACAGUUAAUGAACCACAAGAGAGGAAGAACCUGGGAUUACCAAGACCACAAGACCAGGAUUAUUCAUUAGAACCUACAUCAACUGAUCCAGCUGUGAAGACAAAACAGCUGGUGCAGAGUGGAGAGCCUAAACUAAGGAUUGUUUUGUUGGAGAAGAGUCUACAGAACACCAGCACAGUGCAAAAUUUAAUCCAAGCCCACUAUCAGACCAACGUUCCUCCUCCUUUUACUUUCAUCAACCCACCUCUUCUCUACGAUCCAGAACUUUCUCAAGAGGAAGUGAUUCAGAGUGUGGAAGAGUGUCUGUCUCGUUCUCAUCCAGGACCUCAUGUGUUUAUAAUUCUGGUACAGCCACACAGCUUUACAGAGGAGGAACGAAUGCGCCUGAUCUCCAUACUGAACUGCUUCAGUGACAAAGCUCUACACUAUUCCAUUCUGAUCAAAACAGACAUUAGAGAUUUUAGUUUUAAGGGAAAGUCUGAUGCUUUUCAGAAGCUAAAGGAAAACUGUCCAAAGCAUCACAAACUUAAAGAGCUACAGAAGAAGAAAAAAUAUGUUCGCCAGCUUUUUGAGGACAUCGAAAUAAUGACAGCCUCAAACAUCUCUGAGCUGAAGAUCGUGCUACUGGGUACAAAUGUUCAUUACACCAACAAAUUAGCGAACAUCCUCUUGGGAAGAGAAGCGUUUCAGACUGAAGCUCCUCCAUAUGUAAUAGAUCAGCACUGUGAGAGAGUUAGUGGACGAGUGGAGGGAAGAACCAUCACCAUCAUCAAUGCACCUCACCUAUAUAAUCCCAAACUCUCUCAGAAGGAACUGAUACAGAAAGUGAAAGAGAGCAUCACACUCUCAGAUCCUGGACCUCAUGUGUUCUUACUGGUGCUCCAGUCCCAAAACCUCACGAAGGAGCAGAAUGACAGAAUUAUAAGCACCCUGUACUCGUACAUCCCACAGUCUAUAAACCGGUUAUUAUUAGUAACUACAGCUGAAGAGCAUGGAUUCUUCUCCACAUGUAUCAGUGAAUGUGAGAUGAAACACUACAGAAUUGUGAAUCUAUCACCAUUUAAUAAACAUCAAAUUCUGCAGCUUCUGAAGAAGAUAGAUGUGAUGGUAACUGAGAAUGGAGGAGAUCACAUGACCUGCACAAUUAAUGAACCACAAGAGAGGAAGAACCUGGGAUUACCAAGACCACAAGACCAGGGUUAUUCAUUAGAAACUACAUCAACUGAUCCAGCUGUGAAGAGAAAACAGCUGGUGCAGAGUGGAGAGCCUAAACUAAGGAUUGUUUUGUUGGAGAAGAGUCUACAGAACACCAGCACAGUGCAAAGUUUAAUCCAAGCCCACUAUCAGACCAACGUUCCUCCUCCUUUUACUUUCAUCAACCCACCUCUUCUCUACGAUCCAGAACUUUCUCAAGAGGAAGUGAUUCAGAGAGUGGAAGAGUGUCUGUCUCGUUCUCAUCCAGGACCUCAUGUGUUUAUAAUUCUGGUACAGCCACACAGCUUUACAGAGGAGGAACGAAUGCGUCUGAUCUCCAUACUGAACUGCUUCAGUGACAAAGCUCUACACUAUUCCAUUCUGAUCAAAACAGACAUUAGAGAUUUUAGUUUUAAGGGAAAGUCUGAUGCUUUUCAGAAGCUAAAGGAAAACUGUCCAAAGCAUCACAGACUUAAAGAGCUACAGAAGAAGAGAAAAUAUGUUCGCCAGCUUUUUGAGGACAUCGAAAUAUUGGUUAAAAAGAAUGGAGGCCAUCUUACAUGUGAAAGCUCUACAAAUGUGAGGAACAUUUUGUUCCCUGUAGAUGAGGGAUCCACAACACAAAAAAGAGAGACUACACAAACUUUAGUGGAACGGGUUAAAGAAAAGUUGGCAGAAGGAGUCUCUACAUUACCAGUGUUGAACUUGGUGCUGUGUGGAAGUGAUGAACUCAAAUUUUCAAUAUCAGAUCUCAUUCUGAAGCAGACAGCACUGAUAUCAGAUCCCAGAUCAGAGGGUUUAAUGAGGAAGGGUGUGGUGAGUGGAUACCAGGUCACAUUAAUAAAGACUCCGACUCUCUACAACACUCAGCUCUCAGAAGAGGAAGUGAUGCAAGAGACUGUUCAGUGUGUAUCUCUUUGUAAUCCUGGAGUUCAUGCUUUCAUCAUCAUCAUACCUGUUGGUCCACUUCAGGAUGAAGAUAAAGCAGAAAUCAAGCUGAUCCAGAGGAUCUUCAGCUCCAGAAUGAAUGACCACACCAUCGUCCUCUUUAGCAACAGUAACACUGAUGAAACUGCAGCAAUAAACUUUAUUAAACAAAGUUCAGAAACAGAAGAACUUCUCAGCAUGUGCAGUGGUAGAUACAUCAUGUUACAGAAAACAGAGAGUGAAAGACUCCAGCAGGUACCAGCUCUGUUGGAUCAAGUAAAGAAGUUGGCGACUACCAACAAGUUUUAUUCUCUCCUGAUGUAUGUUAAAGCACAAAGAGAUGAACUGGAGAAAAAACUGGCUGAACAGGAGGAGAGAAUCAAGCAGCUACAGAAACAUCGACAGCGAACAUGUGCUGAGGGUGAAUUACUUGAUUCUGGGACUCUGAGAAUUGUUCUUAUUGGAAAAACAGGAAAUGGGAGAAGUGCAACAGGAAACACCAUCCUUGGAAGAAAAGAAUUUCAGUGUAAUGCCAGCAUGACCUCUGUGACAACAAUUUGCCAGAAGGGAUUUGGAGAAGUUGAGGGCAAAUCCAUUGCUGUUGUUGAUACUCCAGGACUUUUUGACACCACAUUGUCGAAUGAAGAAGCAGCUGAAGAAAUAGUGAAAUGUAUCUCACUCUCUGCUCCUGGACCUCACGCCUUUAUUAUUGUGUUAAGUGUAGGAAGAAUCACACAGGAAGAGCUGGAGACCCUGAGUCUGAUCAAGAAAAUGUUUGGUACUGAUGCUGCAAAGUUCACCAUAGUGCUGUUUACAUGUGGAGAUGAUCUGGAAGAUCAGACUUUGGAGGAAUAUAUAAGAAAGAAAGGUCAUAGAAACGUGGAUAAACUAAUCAGGGACUGUGGUGGAAGAGUUCAUGUGUUCAAUAAUAGAGAAAAGAAUGAUCGUACACAAGUCUGUGAUCUUAUCAGAAUGAUAGAAGAAAUGAUAAAGUCUGACAGAAACAAUUACUUUACAAACGAGAUGUUUGAGGCGGCAGAAGAGCUGGAGAAGAUAAGGAAGAGUAUGGAGAAAGAGAAAGAAAAGCUGAAACAGGAGAAAUGUGAAAGAGAAAAAGUGUUUAAGGAACGGGAAGAAGCUCUGAGACGAGAGUUUGAAAAAAAAGAAGAAGAAAAUGAGAAACGGAGGCUGGAGGACCUAAGAAGAUCAGAAGAGGAUGAACAACAAAAGGUAGAGAAGGAGGAGAUGGAGGAGAUGAGGAAAGAAAUGGAAAAUCAAAAUGCUACAUUUCUCAAGCAGCAAGCUGAAACAUUUAAUGAUGUUAAAGCUCAGUUUGAAAAACACAUAGAGGAGCUGAUUACCAAGUACCAGACGGAUUAUGAACUUCUCAAUGAGCUGCACCACGGUACACAGAAGGAUUAUAAUCAGCUUAAACAGAGCAAGGAGGAAACAUAGCGUGAAUUACGUGAGCAGAUGAAAAAGAUUGAAUGUACUAUUGCCUAAAUACAAUU